GCGACAGAUUCUCGAUAAAUAUGAGAUGACCUGUCCAAUAACUGGGAUUUCUUCUUCACUCCAAAUUUUCGCUUUCUUUUUGCAGUUACAAACACUCCUCCAAAAAAGACUGUUGCAGAAGAAAGGCACAAAACUGCAGUUUCCUUCCCUCAAAGGCAAAGAACACACACACACACACGCACCGAUGUUCAAUUCAUCUCUUCCUCUCCAAUUCUGAUCCAAAAAAAGAAUGAAAAACAUCGCGAUAUGCUACAGCGAGCACGCGAUCAAAGUGUCGGAUUCGUACUGCUCCGGCGCCGCAUCAAAUCACGCCCACACCUCAUCAUCUCUCUCCGCCUCCGCCCCUUCAAUCCAAACCGCCGUCACCUCCAUUUACAAAGUCAAACUCUCCAAUGAGAAGCAGUUUCUGAUCAGAAUCGGCUGGUGCAAUCCGGCGAUGAAUCACGCCUUCUCCAUCACCAUCUCCGACUACCCGUUUUCCACCGCCAAAUUGAGCAGAAGUUUCAUGAUUCUCCGCCGCCAAAGGGGGUCGGAGGAUCUCGAGUCCGCCGGCUUGAGGGCGGACGUUUUCUGGGACCUCCGCCGCGCGAGGUUCGAGACCGGCCCCGAACCGGUUUCCGGUUUUUAUAUGGCGGUGUUGAUCAACUCGGAGCUGGCGCUGGUGCUCGGAGAUAUGGAGCAGGAAGUAUUAAUAGAGGCGAAGAAAUGCGUAUCUGAUAAUUCAACGGUGCCGGAAUUGUCGUUGAUUUCGCGGGGCGAGAGGUUUUCUGGCGGCGGCGUGUACGCGGCGAGGGCGAAAUUCAGCGAGGCGGGGGCGUGGCACGACAUAGUGAUAAGGUUUUGCGGAACGACGUCGUCGAGGGGCAGUUUGCUGUGUGUUUAUGUGGAUGGGAAGAGCGUGGUGGAGGUGAAGAGAGUGCAGUGGAAUUUUAGGGGGAAUCAGAGCAUCUUUUUGGAUGGAUUGUUGAUCGAUUUGAUGUGGGAUGUGCAUGAUUGGGUUUUCAAUCCCUCUGCCUCUUCGGGUUAUGCAGUUUUCUUGUUUCGGACAAGGAGAGGAUUGGACAGCAGGCUUUGGUUGGAGGAGACCGCUUUUCAUCAUCAAAAGCUUGCCUUCUCUUUCCUUGUUUUCGCUUGUAAGAAUCCAGAUUGACUUCUUUCAUUUUCCUUCUUUUUCACUGCUUUGUGUUUGAUUCUCUCUCUUCUUCUUUUCUUUGGUUUUACUGUGUGUGAUUGAUUUUCUUUUUUGGCGACCAUUACCAAAACUAGUAUACGUGCUUUCCCCUGUUGUGGGGAAGAAAAGGAAUGAGAUGAUCUUGUAAAAUGUGUAUAUCAGUGUACAUUAGUCUAAUAGUCUUCUUUUGUCUUGUUUCUCCUUUUUGUCUCCCACUUAAGAUGUGAGAUAAAUUUUCUUUAAAUAUAGUAAUUUGUUUCGUAAAA